UUCAGAUGAUGUUUACGUAUAUAUUUAGUUGUAUAGUAACGGCUCUAAAUAGACGCAAUCAUUUUGGCAGUGGUUAAUGCAUUUGUCCCAGGAAUUCUGGGUAAUGUGAUUUACUUUUUCCAUGAUGCCCCUUAAAUUGGACUAAACAGAGUGAUGGGCUGAUAUUCUCCUGUUUUAUAAUAAUAAAAUGAUUAUCUCCAUGUAGAGGCCACGGACAUGUCAUCAAGCGAGUUCUCCGAGGGCUAUCGGCGAUCCUCCAAUCCACGGCGGGUUCUCCGGGAGGCAUGGAGCCCAACGCAGGACCAACAGCCGUACAACUACAACAAUAACUACGACUACCAACAACGUUCCCCACGGGAGGCGCCCCGAUACUCACCCCGGCAUCACACGAGGGUCCACCCCAUUAAUGACGGGAGCCAAUAUGGAGCCAUUAGUCAAGGGGGUGGAGGAGCAGGAGCAGGGGCAGGGGCAGGAGGUGGAGCAGCAACCGGGGGAGGAGGGAGUACCGUGUGUUUGGUUGCUUCCAUAGCUGUUCUUUCGACCCUGCUCAUAGUGGGAGCAACAUUGGUCGUUGUUUAUUUUACAACAGACAUUCAAUUUGGCAGUUCAUCAUCGGAGACCACAACCGCAGCAACGAUAACAACAUCACCUGCAACAGAAGCUAUAUCAACAAAUGCUCCUACAACUAUUGCUGCUGCCACUACCGGCCAACCUGUAAACUCACCAGAAACCGCGACUACACAGGCUUCCACAACUCUGGGGUCGGCAAAUGCACCUACCACGGCCAUGACGGCAGGAGUUGCCACGACAAACCCAGACAGCUCUGCAGCAAGCUCGACAUCAAGUGAUGCACACACCUCGGCAGCAGUUGCUACAACGCAAUCAGACGGCACUGCAUCAACUUUGACGUCAGCAUAUCCACCUACCAUAGCAGGAGAUGCUACCACACAACAAGACAACAGUGUAGCAACGUUAGGGUCAACUGAUUCACCUGCCACAGCAGGAGUUGCUUCCACAGCAUCUGGUAGCGAUGCAUCAACGUUAACUUCAACUAAUUCACCUAUUACAGCAGCAGUUGUCACAACGCAGCCAGAAAGCUCUACAGCCACUUUAACCACUAAGUCUACAACCUCAAGAGCGGUUGGUGUAUCGAGCACACAAUCUUCAAACACUGACACAACACAAGGUAGUACAGUUCCUAGCAGUUCAAGCCUUACAACCUCAAAUACACGUACAACAACCACGGAGUCUACAGUACAGUCUUCCACAUCUGCAACAACUGCUAACCCGGCCUCAACACCAAUAGCAACCACAUCUUCCAGUACCGCACAAUCUGUCAGCUCCUCAACCAAUCCAUCCAACAAGGCUACAACAGUUGACAUGGGUACAACACAAGAAAUACAGUCAACGGCUGACACAGCCACAACAACAACCAAUUCCCAUGUCUCGACAACAAACGAAGAUGUCACAACAGAGGAAGAGGUCACAACACAGGAAGAGGAUGAGCUGACGUAUUCCAUGACGACUGUUGACUCCUCGAUCUUGACCACCGAUGACUCGUCGGACCAGACCGGGUCUACAGCAGGUGCUUACACCGAAAAUACAGAGGUUACAACUGAAGAGUUGACCGCAACUCCCACAGAUGCAACAACCGCCGACACUUGAAAAAAUUAUAUAGGCCUAACUAAGAAUUAACUGAGAGUAUUUGCAUACACAGAUCCGUCUUUUGUUAGGUCUCAAGUACGGAAUGGUAGUUCAAUGGUAGCUCACCCCCCCCCCCUCAUAAUCCUGGGGGCAA